AUGGCCGCAACCAAGCCCGCCCCGUACGACUUCCAGAUCGAGCCCAACACCGGCGCCCAAUUCUCGGCUGAGAAGGGCCGCUACCACCUCUACGUCACCUACUCGUGCCCGUUUGCCUGCCGUGCACUGUCCGCCCGCAACUUGCUCGGUCUCCAGGACGUCAUCGGAGUGUCCAUCGCACACCCAAUGUUCCAGAAGACCAAGCCAAAUGACCCCAACGAUGAGCACAAGGGAUGGACCUUCGUCGACCCCAAGACGUCCUCCACUUACACGGCUGCAAACGGCAAGACGUACUCCACGUCCGACUGCAUCCCCGACACCGUCAACGGCGUCAAUUUCGUGCGUGACCUGUACGAGAAGGUGGACCCAGCGCCGCGCACGUUCUCGGUGCCGAUGCUGUGGGACACGAAGACGCAGACCAUCGUGUCGGAGGGGUCCACGGCCAUCCUGCGCACUCUGGACUCGGGCUUUCGUGAGCUGGUGCCGUCCAACGUGCACUUGUACCCGGAGGAGCUGCGCGCCGAGAUUGACGCUGUGAAUGACGGAAUCGUGUCGGAAAUCACCAUGGGCUACCUCAAAUUGACGUUUGCGAAAACUGCGGUGGACCGCUAUCUGGUGGACAAGCGCAUCACGGAAGCCGAUGUGCGGAUUUUCCAGGGCCUCAUCCGUUUGGACGUUUACCAGAAGAAGACUGACAAGAAACAUCUCACGGAUUUCCCUGUCGUUGUUGACUACCAGACCCCUGCGCUGAAGAGCACAGUGAACUGGGAGCAUCUGAAGCUCGGCGUGGAAAACAAGCACCCCGAGGCUGUUCGUGAAGGACCAUUCGUUGACUACGACGUGGCCCAUGAGCGCGCUCUGCUCCAGUAA